ACUACUGAAAUUUGGUACUGGGCCUUAGCACAAGACACAAGUGUCACUUGCUUCCAGUUUUGAAAAAGUAGUAAUGGGUUCAAAGACUUCAACUGGGUGUUAAGUCAUAACCCAGAUGUGGCUGCUAAUUACCUUGGGUUCUGUAGCCCUUGCUGUCCUGCGGUUAUAUAGGCCAAACUGGCCUUGUAGGUCUGCUUGCUGCCUUACAGUGCUGGGAUUGAAGCACAUGGGUGAGGGUGAAUUUCUUACCAAUGAGGAAAAGGCUUCCUGUUUGCCUGCUUUGUAAACUGCCAAGUAGAGCAAGUUUUGGCUUAGGUAAGUUCUGUGUGAGUCAACUGCCUCAUCCUCACAUGGUAACUAAGACUACCGCCCACUGAGAAGGCCACUGCCAAUCACUGCUUAAUUGUGAAAACAUUUAAAUUACUUUAGUGGGUGGCUAGAGCUGAGGUGCCUGAGUCAGGUUUGGGGUGGGAUUACUUUGGUUAAGGGAAGUAGGAGUUUUCAUUUCCUCUUCCAAGAGAAGACGGAGGGGAUUGGGUUGAGGAAGGAACUGUUACAGCCUAGCUGGACUCAGCAGCUCUACCAUGAGGUUCCCUGUGUGUCUGACCUUGCUGGUACUGCUUGUAGGUAAGGAGAAUGGGAGAUGGGAGAGAGGGAGCUCCUGGGCAGGAGCCGGCACCUGGGUUAUCAACUAAUCUCUUAAUGAAAGCCCAAGGAACAGGGAAAGACUGUCCUCACAAAAAGGCUGCUACUCUUCUGCCAUCCUUCACGGUGACACCUACAACCACUGGAAGCACAGCAAGCCCUACGACCACCCACAGGCCCACCACGACCAGCCACAGGCCCACCACCACCAGCCACAGGCCCACCACCACCAGCCACCGGCCAACCACCACCAGUCACAGCAAUGUCACAGUUCAUACCAGCUCUGGACCCACAACUAUCACUCAUAACCCUGCCACCACCACCAGUCAUGGGAAUGCCACAGUUUCUCCCACCACAAACAGUCCAGGAUUCUCCACUGUUGGCCCUCACCCUGGACCACCUCCGCCCUCACCAAGUCCUAGUCCAAGCUCUACUGGGGCUCUUGGAAACUACACAUGGACUAAUGGUUCCCAGCCUUGUGUUCAGCUCCAAGCCCGAAUUCAAAUUCGCAUCUUGUACCUGACCCAGGGUGGAAAAAAGGCCUGGGGCCUCUCUGUAUUGAACCCCAACAAAACCAAGGUCCAGGGGGGCUGUGACAGUGCCCAUCCCCACUUGGCUCUCUCAUUCCCUUAUGGACAGCUUACUUUUGGAUUCAAACAGGACCGACAUCAGAGCCACAGUACAGUCUACCUUAACUACAUGGCAGUGGAAUACAAUGUGUCCUUCCCACAAGCAGCACAGUGGACAUUCUCAGCGCAGAAUUCAUCUCUUCAAGAGCUCCAAGCUCCCCUGGGCCAAAGCUUCUGUUGCGGAAAUACAAGCAUAGUUCUUUCUCCAGCAAUUCACCUGGACCUGCUCUCCCUGAGGCUGCAGGCUGCUCAGUUGCCGGACAAGGGACACUUCGGGCCAUGCUUCUCUUGCGCCAGUGACCAAUCUCUCUUGCUGCCUCUCAUCAUCGGCCUGGUUCUCCUGGGCCUCCUCACCCUGGUGCUCAUUGCCUUCUGCGUUACCCGGAGACGACAAUCAACCUACCAGCCCCUCUGAGCAUUUGCUCCAGUCCACUCUGUAGGCCACCAAGGAGCAUCCUCAUUUCUUCAGCAUGCAAUUGACUCCUCAGAGUUAUCUCCCUUCUCUGUCUUUAAGAACAAAAUUAAGAGAUUUUUAUAAUAGGGGUGGGGAAUUAAUAAACAUGCAUGGUACGCA